GAUCUUUGUAAGUAAAAUCAAUGGUGAUCAAUGAUAGUUCGUAAAAUCAACGAUGAACGAUGAAGUUUGCGCUGUGUUUAGCCGUAAUAGGCUGUCUGGCGCUAUCAGCCCUAUGUUCUCCUGUUCAAAUAGUUGAAGUUCCCAGGGAACAAGCAUUGGAACCAAAAGUACCUCAAUCAGUAGCAAAAGCAACUGGAAGACAAACUGCAGCAGUCUCACCAUCAGCUGCACCCAUUGAAGACGACGAUGACGACGACGAUGAUGAUGAUGACGAUGACGAUGAUGAUAUUAGUGAUGCUUUGGAUGUCGACGUAGGAGAUGAUGAUGAUGACGAUGACGACGAUGAUGCAGGAUCAGAUGAUGAUGAUGAUGACGACGAUGACGACUACUUGGAACGUCUCUUAGACGACAUAUUAGGAGACGAUGAUGACGAUGACGAUGAUGAUGAAGACGAUGAACCUUCACCAUCAUCCGGCAUCUCGCAGCCGGCUGUGCCCUUAGCCCAACCCGCAACUGCCGCACCUAUUGUCCAACCCCAAAUUAUUUCAGUAGGUGAUGAGGACGCAUUUUCCGCAGAUUAUGCUGGUGAGAGCGCCGGCGAUGCAGCCACCGACGCAUACGACGAUUUGGCCGAAGAAUCCUCGGUCAACGAUCCUCAAAUCGUGGAAAAGGAUCCCGUAGCAGUUGCACCAGUCCAACAACAACAAGCACUGGCACCACAAGCACUGGCACCACAAGCACCAACUGACGAUGACGAUGAUGACGAUGACGACGACGACGAUGACGAUGAUGACGAAGCUGACUCUAUAACUGACGCACUUGAUGACGAUGACGACGACGAUGAUGAUACCGAUGACGAUGAUGACGAUGACGAUGACGACGAGGACGAAUUCAUCGGUGAUGAUGUCAUCGAGGCGAGGAAAGCACGUGCGAUGGUUAGCACAACACAGACUCCUCAAAUUUACAUCGCAAAAUACAACAGAUUCGUGGAUGGUAUCUUAGGAAGCAUCAACAAAAUCUUAAGAAGGUCCUACGAUCCGGUCAAUGUACGUCUUCAGAGUGCCGAGAAUGUUAAAAAAAGUAAUGGAAAAAAGAGUGGACACAAACGCAGGAAUAACGUACACAGGCGUAGGAAGACCCACAAAUCUCAAAGAUCUGCAGAUGUAGUGCAAAAUAAAAUGAUUGAAGAACACAAUAUGACCGUCAUCGAAUCAAAAAUGCCAGAACGUUUACCAGCAUCUACUGAUAAAUUGAUAACCAAACACACACUGGAAGCCAACAAUGCUAAUGAAAACAGAGCUACGACAACAUCUAACAAAACUGGAAAUAAGAGAAAGUCUGAAUCUUCAAGUGGUAACAAAAAGAAGAAGAACGGUACCAAGCAAACAUCAACCAAACAACAACCUAUUGCUCGAGGAACCCUUUAUGGACUUUCUUCUUUGAAACGAACAGGAGAUGUCAAAAUAAACAUGAUGGCUGAUUACACCACUGUUAAAACCAACUUUAUUUUGGGUCCUCUUAUUUUGAGAGUGGAGAAAGAGUUUGGACGUGGUGCCAAAAGGGAACUGAAAAGCGCGACAGCAACAACUGCUGAGAUGCUAGGAAGAAUCAGUCUGCGAGUGGUUAAAGGCGGAGCAGCCACUUUGCAUUCAAUCAAGGUCCAACAACCACGUGCAGUUUCCGUGGAAAGCGCCGACAACCACGACAGAACACGUGAAUUUGUUUGGCGCAGAAGUGCCCACAUUGCCAGCGUAGUUUCGCAGCAACUGACAAAUGCAGCAAAAUCUAUGCUUCAACCACCACCAUUGUCUGCAGCUGCUACCACAACCAGACGAAAACGUUCAGUGGUAUAAUAGUAAUAAAUCGAAAAAAAAUGUCCUAGUGACUCAGUACUGAUUUUAAAAUCUCAUUCUUCUAAAAUGUAACGAAUUAUGUUUAAAUUUUGUUGCUCUAUAAGAAAUAUUGCUUUUUGAUCAAUUUUAAUUGCAACAAAAAUAUUAUUUUUAUCACCUUCUUAAACAAAAAAUGUCUGGCUCAAAGAAGAGAAAAUUCAAGAAAAAAUGACAAUUUUAUAGAAAUUAUAAGAUAGGAGUAGACGUAGUUGGUGAUUAGGAAACAAACAAAGUCAUAUGCACCAGCUGAUUGAAAAACAUCAUAGUUCCUCGCACUAAUUUUAAAUUUUGCAAAAAUA